AGCCGCAGAGCUCGGUGCAGAGUCGGAGAGGCAACCGGCCCUAACCAAACCCGCCCUGCGUGGUCCUUCGCGCCGCCGCCACCGAGAGGAAGCCUAGGGCUACCGCCUCGCCAACAUGAGAGUUCAACUGGCAUGCCUGCUUCUCUGCACCCUGGUAGUGAGCGACUCCGAAGGAAGUCUUGAAUUUCUUUCAGCGUCUGAGGCAUCAAACUGUGGCUGUCAGAAUGGAGGGACAUGUGUGCACUACAAGUACUUCUCCAACAUUCAUCGAUGCAACUGUCCAAAGAGAUUUGAAGGGGAACACUGUGAAAUAGAUAGAUCAAAAACCUGCUAUCAUGGCAAUGGUCACUCUUACCGAGGAAAAGCUAACACCGACACCAUUGGCCGGCCCUGCCUACACUGGAACUCUCCUGCUGUCCUUCUGAAAAUGUACCAUGCACACAGACCUGAUGCUCUUGAGCUGGGUCUGGGGAAACACAAUUACUGCAGGAACCCAAACAACCACAGAUGGCCCUGGUGCUAUGUGCAGGUUGGCCGACAACAGCACGUCCAAGAGUGUAAGGUGCACGACUGUUCUUUUGGAAAAGAGCUCCUCUCUCCUCCAGAAAAAGCAGCAUUUCAGUGUGGCCAGAAGGCUCUGCGGCCCCGCUUUAAGAUUAUUGGGGGAGAAUUCACCACCAUCGAGAACCAGCCUUGGUUUGCAGCCAUUUACAGGAAGCACCGUGGAGGCUCUGUCACUUAUGUGUGUGGUGGCAGUCUCAUCAGUCCUUGCUGGGUGGUCAGCGCCACACACUGCUUCAUCAAUUACCAAAACAAGGCAGAGGACUACAUCAUCUACUUGGGUCGGUCAAAGAUGAACUCUGUUACACCUGGGGAGAUGAAGUUUGAGGUAGAACAACUCAUCUUUCACGAGGACUACAGCUCUGACACACUUGCUCACCACAACGAUAUUGCCUUGCUGAAGAUCAGGACCAGCACCGGCCAAUGUGCGCAGCCAUCCCGGACCAUACAGACCAUCUGCCUGCCCCCAGUGUCCGGUGAUGACCGUUUUGGCACAGACUGUGAGAUUUCUGGCUUUGGAAAAGAGAAUGUCUCUGACUAUUUCUAUCCUGAGCAGCUAAAAAUGACUGUUGUGAAGUUGGUGUCCUAUAGGGAGUGUCAGCAGCCCCACUAUUAUGGCUCUGAAGUCACCCACAAAAUGUUAUGUGCUGCAGACCCACAGUGGGAAACAGAUUCCUGCCAGGGAGACUCCGGGGGUCCCCUGGUCUGCUCCAUCAAAGGCCGCCUGACUCUAACUGGGAUUGUGAGCUGGGGCAGUGGAUGUGCCAUGAAGAACAAGCCGGGUGUCUACACAAGGGUCUCACGUUUCCUGUCUUGGAUCCGCUUUCACACCGGAGAAGAGAAUGGCCUAACCCGCUGAGGGCUCCCAGAAAAUCAAGGGAGGAAAUGGGGUCCACCCACUUCCAUGAUGACAGUCAUUUGGACAGUAGGGCCAUCUCUGCUAGGUAUAUGUAAGGGAGAGACUGCAGAACAUAGUCUGCAGAGGUGGUUUUGUUUGUUCUACCCAAUGGGUGAGCACUAGCUUUACUCUCAGAUACAGGCCUGGGUGCUGGUUGCCCAGGCCCCUUCUGGCCAGGAUGGAGGGGUGGUCCUGAUCCAGGAUAGUGUAGACCAUUAGUCUUUUCUAGACUAAAGCCUCCUGGAGUUUAAAAAAAAAAAAUGGCCUCUCCUGUGCAUGGGUGGAAGGAGUGGGCAUUUAUGAGGCCUACUAUUGAGAAAUGAAUCAUUUCCCAAUAAGGAAGUGUAACAGAACUGAGGUCUCUUAAAGGAGCUUGGCCAAUGUAGGAACAGUGGUUUGGGUAGUAAAGAUAAUAAUGAUUUGAGGGAAGAACUCUGACAUUCCAUGAAUGUAUCAAGAAAUAUAUGUUUGUGUAUGUUUAUACACUUGUGCAUGGACUGUGUCAGUGGAAGAGCUGGUGUGUUCCUGUGUCUGACUGCAAGUCUCGAGAUUCCCCUAAACGGUGUGGAGUGGAAUACCACAUAGAAGCGUUUGUUUGGAGAGGUCUUGGGUCACUCCUAGAGUCUCGUGGUCUCCUGGGUCUCCCAUGUGAUGGUGCCUAAGAAUGUAUCAUUCUGGGGCACAGCCUGUGACCAGCACUAAAUGUCUAUUUCACUUUCAUAUAGAUGUCCCUUGGCCAAUUAUACCUUCUGACCUACCAGCCUUGUUCAUCCAAUUCUUCACUGAGUGAAUGAGGACCACUCCUGUACACUGAAUAUU